ACCGGAAGAGGAGGCACGUGCACCUGACCCGGAAGCGCAUGUUGGUCCCGCCCCAUCGGCGCUCCGGGCUUCCUUCUGCAACAGGCGUGGGUCACGCUCUUGCUCGCUCUCUUUCUACCGCCAUCUUGGUUCCGCGUCCUCCGCUCGAAAUGCCUGGUGAAGCCACAGAAACCGUCCCUGCUACGGAGCAGGAGUUGCCACAGCCUCAGGCUGAGACAGUUCCCCUUCUGCCUCCUAAACAGCCAUUGAUUGAGUCCUCGCCUGGGUCAGUGCUGGAAUCCUCUAAGCUCCCAGCCCCUGCUGAUGAGGAUGAGCUGCCGCCUCUGAUUCCCCCGGAAGCAGACUCUGGGGCAGUGCCUUUCGAGCCGAUCCUGGUCAACAUGCCCACCCCUAAACCUGCUGGGAUCCCUGCCCCAGCCCCCUCUGCCAAGCAGCCUGUUCUGAAGGACAACAAGGGGUCGGGGACAGAAUCUGACAGUGACGAGUCAGUGCCAGAGCUUGAGGAACAAGACUCCACACAGACAACCACACAACAAGCCCAGCUGGCGGCAGCUGCGGAAAUCGAUGAAGAACCAGUCAGUAAAGCAAAGCAGAGUCGGAGUGAAAAGAAGGCCAGGAAGGCAAUGUCCAAACUGGGUCUUCGACAGGUCACGGGGGUGACCAGAGUCACUAUCCGGAAAUCUAAAAAUAUCCUCUUUGUCAUCACAAAACCAGACGUCUACAAGAGCCCAGCUUCAGAUACCUACAUAGUUUUUGGGGAAGCCAAGAUUGAAGAUUUGUCUCAGCAAGCACAGUUAGCAGCUGCUGAGAAGUUUAAAGUUCAGAGUGAAGGUAUUUCAAACAUUCAAGAAAACACCCAGACUCCAACUGUACAGGAGGAGAGUGAAGAGGAAGAGGUUGAUGAAACAGGCGUGGAAGUUAAGGACAUAGAGUUGGUCAUGUCACAAGCAAAUGUCUCGAGAGCAAAAGCAGUUCGAGCCCUGAAAAACAACAGUAACGAUAUUGUAAAUGCUAUUAUGGAAUUAACAAUGUAACUAUUUGACAUCAAGACAACCCUCCCCACCC